UCAAACACUGCAAACAGCAGCGAUUCAAAACACACUUCUUUUGCAAAUGAAAUAAUUGAAUGGAUUCUUUUAUAGCUCACUGUAGCAGAUAAUCUAUUUUGGCUUACAUAUCUUACUUCAUGAUUUGAUCCUGUGACCUCUCAGAUGUACAAAACUUGAACCUGUGACCUCUCGAAAGUACAAAUUCUCUUUCAUUCUCAGGAUAUAGAGAUGCAAAAGAUUAACACAUUCUACAGUUUUGGCAGAGAAGCAGCAGAUGAAUAUCAGCUGAUUAUAUGGUUUUUGCUCUUAAUUUUGCGGUAGUGUUAGAUCGAGGGGCAAAUUUCCCGGCGUAGACAGUUGCCACAGUUGCCGGUUUAUCAGACAGUUUUCACCGAGGAAAAAAUAAAUAUUCCGGCAGGAGUUGUCGCAAUCAUAGCCUUUUGGCUAAAUUAAAUGAACCUUAGACGUCAAAAUCGGGUAUGCGGUUAUACCUCAAAUACAAUUUGAAAACCUAAAUUUGAACCCCUGCCAAUCUCUGCCCUUGUCCGCUAUAUAUUGUGACAUUUAAUCUCUGCCAGGUCGUAAGAUCGAAUCCCCAAUGGCUGGAAUCUGCUCCACUACCUCUUUCGAGCCUUUUAAAUUCCGAAUUUCGCAUAUAGUUUCAGCUCGAUCUCCUCUUAGUACUCCAAUUCAGAUCUCCCGUCCACAGUAUUUCUCAACUUUCAGAAAGAAUCAAAUUUCCUUUGCGCUUGGCAAUCCUGAGGUUCCUCUGGAAAUGAUAAAUGCAAACCCAUGCAGAAGACCAAUGGCUUUGCAUGGGUUUCGAUCUGGGAAGGUGACGAAGGUGGAGUGCAAAAGGCAGGAGGGUGAGGGAUUGGAUGAUGGGAUUUGGAGUGGUAGAGUUUUACAGUUAGGAGCCAUUCUUUCCGAUGGAUUUCCAUUGUGGGUCGCAUUGGCUUGCUUUGGCGGAUUGAUCCGCCCCCAGGCUUUUCGUUGGAUAAGAGGAAAGUGGCAGAUUGCUGGGGUUAGCAUAACCAUGCUAGGGAUGGCCAUGACACUUUCCUUGAAAGAUUUACAAGGUGCAUUGGUGAUGCCCAAGGAGUUAUUGGGAGGAAUGUUACUGCAGUAUACAGUGAUGCCAAUUUUAGGAGCUCUUCUAAGCAAAUUAUUAUGCUUACCUUCCCAUUAUGCAGCAGGAUUAAUAUUGCUUUCUUGCUGUCCUGGAGGGACUUCAAGUAAUGUGGUCACUUAUUUAGCACGGGGAAAUGUGGCGCUUUCUGUUAUUAUGACUGCUACUAGCACCGUCUUAGCUGUGAUAAUGACACCCAUGUUAACGGCAAAACUUGCAGGACAGUAUGUUGCAGUUGAUGCAGGUGGUCUGCUUGCCUCAACACUGCAGGUGGUACUUCUCCCAGUCUUAACUGGAGCCAUUAUAAAUCAAUAUCUGCCAUCUGUAGUUAACAAAAUUUCUCCAUUUACCGCUCCUGUUGCAGUUGUUAGUGUCUCAUCUCUCUGUGCUAGUGUAGUAGCACAAAAUUCCUCUAUUAUUCUGUCUUCUGGUGGGCAAGUUGUUGUAGCAGUAGGUGCUCUUCAUUCAGCUGGAUUUCUCUUUGGUUAUGUUCUUUCUAAGGUUCUUGGCUUCAAUGAAUCAACAUCAAGAACCACGUCCAUAGAAGUUGGCAUGCAGAAUUCUAUUCUAGGGUUGGUCCUUGCAGGCCAGCAUUUCAGCAAUCCUUUGACAGCAGUGCCAAGUGCUGUUUCCAGUGUCUGCCAAUUGAUUUUUGGCAGUGCCUUGGCUUGGUGGUGGCGCAUGUCCUGUGACAAUGAAAUUUAAGGUUGAGUCCUUACAUCUGAUUUGCAGAGAUAUUUUGAUGCCAUGUGAAAAAUUAUGUACUUGUUGAGUAUAUUGCCUAAAUUCCAAGAGAUUCAGAAUAGAGAUGGUCUUUUUAUGCUAUAAAAUACAAUAGAUCUUGAUGGGAAGCUUCACUUUGAACUUAUGUAUAAUCUACAUUUUAUUCAA